AUGAUGGGUGGCCAGAAUUGCCAUGCCGAGAUCACCUUCGAGGAUAACGUCAAGUGGCUCGCACGUUUUCGUCUUUUCAGAACGUCAUCACCGCCGCAGGAGGUCCGGAAUUAUAUACUUCAAAGCGAAGCUAUGACCAUGGUUUACCUCCAGCAGAACACAUGUAUACCUACGCCUAAGCUAUUUGAUUGGGCAUCCGAGUCUGAUCCAGAAAAUCCACUUGGCGUUAGCUAUAUUUUGAUGGAAAAGCUAGAAGGAAGGUCUCUAGAUUGGCAAGCGGCCACUUUGCUGCAGAAAGAGAAGGUUAUGCAACAGUUGGUUAACAUCUACCUCGAAAUUGAGAGAUAUCCUUUUGAAUUAAUAGGAUCACUUGUCUCGGCAGGAGAUAUUAUAAGCCUUGGAGGUCUCGCAGACCAAUCGAUGUUCCGGGUAGGAAAGGGGCCCCUCGGUCCAUUCUCUUCCUCUUUCGGCGGCUAUAAAGCCCGCCUCGACUCCCACCUCACAAUGAUAGCUACUGGCGAGAUUGACUCCUUCUCUCCGGCCGACACCUAUAUCAUGCAUCGACUCCGCCAGGAUCUUCUUGGUGCGCUCUUUCAAGAAGUAUCACCAGGCGAGCAAUUCUUCCUUAAACACCCGGAUGACAAGGGUGACCAUAUUCUAGUCGAUGACCGUUUUGAUAUUGUGGGUAUCAUAGACUGGGAAUGGACCCAAACCGUCUCCAAGGCGGAGGCAUUUUGUUCCCCGUGUAUGAUGUGGCCGGUAGCCGAGUUCUACGACGGCUCUAAUGAGCUAACCUCAGAUGAAUUACGACUGGCUGAAAUCUUUUGCGAAAGAGGCCGUGAAGAUCUUGCUAUCUAUGUUACUGAGGGCAGAAAGGUUCAGAGAUUUUUAUUCGCCCUUGGGACUGAGAGCUCUUCUUUAGACAUGCAGUCAUUUCCACUGAUUUUCGUAGGUCUCCAGCGGGCCUUCAACCACGAAGACGAGAAGUGGGAGGUAUGGAAGAGUAGGGCUCUUCAGAAAUGGAAAGAUGAUCGAAAACUCCUCGGCUUGUCGGCACUGGAAUAA